AUUCAUCGCCUUGACACAGGAGCGAAAACAUUUAAAAACAAUUCUUUGGGAUGGGUCGACGUGAAAGAUGUUGCAAUGGCCCAUAUUCUAGCAUAUGAGAAUGCUUCAGCUAAUGGAAGAUAUUUACUAGUUGAGAGAGUGGCACACUUCGGAGAGGCUGCGAAGAUUUUACGAGAUUUAUACCCAACAUUGCAAAUUCCAGAGAAGUGUGAAGACGAUAAGCCAUGGGUACCAAUAUUUCAGGUUUCCAAGGAAAAAGCGAAGAGCUUGGGGAUUGACUAUAUUCCUUUGGAAGUGAGCCUCAAGGACACUGUGGAGAGCUUGAAGGAAAAGAAGUUUCUCAAAGUUUAAUGGUACCCUUAAAGAAAUGUGGAAACCUUCUUAUGCCUAGGCUUGAGUAAAUUUAGUAUUAAAUAAGAAACUGAUGUAAGUGCUGUAAUAAGUGAUUCUUGGACUGGUUUGUUCCGGUGACAAGUUUCAAACAUGCGUCCCCAUGUUAGAGUCUGCAUUAGACAUUGUAUCCUCGUGAUAUUAUAUUAGUAGAAGAUGUUUGUU